UGCAAUAAUUAUUUUAAAGGUGACUUUGAAUGGUCAACAAAAAUGUGUCUCGGUGAGAAGGCAGAAGACAAGUUGCAAUCUUUCACGUUCGCUGAAAUAACGCAAUUGGCUGAAAGCGACAAAAAGAACGUGUAUCUUAUUAUCGAAUCAGCCGUCUAUAAAGUUACAGAUUGGCUACCUAGACAUCCUGGAGGGCCAGAUGUGAUUCGCAAUCUUUCUGGUCGCGAUGCGUCUUUAGUUUUCCGGACGAGUCACCCAAAAAGUAGCUACCUAUAUCUUAGCAAAUACAAAAUCGGGAACGUUACUGGAAACCGGAAAACUAAGUUUGAUGAAGAUUAUGAUGCGCUUGUAGAUGAAGUUUACGACGGUGAACUGAUGAAAACUAAUUACUCUUGGUACUUCUGCAAAACAAUGAUAUCAUAUCUGAUAUUAGCUCUGAGUGUUUCGCUCUACGUGAUUGGGUCCAAAAAUGAAAGCAUUUGUAUGCAGCUAUUUGGUGGCUUCUUUCUCGGAACCUUUUUCCAACAGACCGCGUUUCUUGGACACGAUACUGGACAUAAUGGUGUUACUCACAACAGGUUAUAUGAUACCAUGUACGGUGUAAUGGUUGGACCUCUUUUGACAGGAAUCUCAAUAGGGUGGUGGAAAGAUUCGCACAAUACUCAUCAUAGUGUCCCAAACGUUGUUCAACAUGAUCCGGACAUACAGCAUUUGCCUGUUUUUGCCGUGACACCUCAAUACUUUAAUUCGCUAUACAGUUUCUACCACAAAAGAGUGAUGGUUUUCGACGCUGCUGCUCGCUUUUUUGUCUCUUAUCAACGUUAUCUUUUCUACCCGAUCAUGGCAUUAGCGAGAUUCAAUUUGUACGCUCAAAGCAUUAUCUUCAUUGUCGCUAAGAGGUGUGAGUGGCGGAAAACUGAAGCAGUGACUACUUUGCUGUUCUGGACAUGGCUCAUAGCUCUUCACUACCAGUGCUCAUCAGCAUCAGUUGGAUUUGCAUGUCUUAUUUUAAGUCAUGCGGUAGCUGGACUUCUACAUGUGCAGAUAUGUUUGUCGCACUUUCCCAUGCAGACGUAUGGAGAGGUCCAGUAUGGAGAAGAAACGCACGGGUUUUUCGACACUCAAAUCGCCACUACAAUGGACAUAGACUGUCCAGAGUGGCUAGACUGGUUCCACGGUGGACUCCAGUUCCAGACAGCACAUCAUCUGUUUCCAAGAAUUCCCAGACACAACUUACGAAAACUGCAAGCUAGACUGCUGAAGUUCUGCGCUGAGCACGGAAAACCGUAUUACAUGCACCCGUUCAUAGACGCGAAUCGAAAGUUGCUUUCGGGAUUGCAGAAAACGGCAGAAGUGGCAAAGGACCCAAAGAAAGCGUUCAACUUCAAAGAAUCAAUGCUAUGGGAAGGAAUGUGCGCACAAGGUUGAGGGAAGAGUCUAAAGCAAGAACUAAUUGCAAAUGUAGUGGUGAGCGAAACUGAAGUAUUGGUUAAUGAAAUAUUAUAAAUAUAAAUAAUGAUGAAUUGGGCAGUUGAGUUAAAAAUUGAGAUACAAUUUUUAACGGCUGAAAAAUUGCCACUUGAUUUUGAGAUAUUGGUUUUGACACCUAGUUCUAGAAAAUGAUCAUCUGCCCAAUUUUGCUUGCUUUGCAAAUUGUAAUAUAAAAUUUCCUAAUCAAAUUUUAACAAAUUCUCUUACUUUUUAUAAGACUGGUUUGUCUUAAACGCUGCUUUAAGAUAUAAAAUACAAAAGACUACACAAUCGCUGUAGUUGUGUGGCGGUUGAUUCAUAAAAAUCUGAUAGAAACUUGAUGCUCGACGAUUGAUCUCAGAAUUUCAGUGGAUUUGACUUAAAGCUUCCUCAACUGUCAUUGAUAUCAAAAUUACCCUCAUUUUUGGAGACGAAUUGAUGUAUGUAUAAUAACAAGGGAUUUACGCGCAAUUUUUUGCAUCAUAAUGUGUGCUACUAAAUGUGAAUUUAUUUUUUCAUUAUUAUCAAUAUGUUAGAGGAAAAAAAAUAUAUUUUGUUCGGUUUGUCAGAUGAACCCUGGCGCUCACUUACUUGUUUUCUCAAGUUUGUGCUAUCUUGAAUUUGUAUUUUGGUUUUUUCAAGUCAAGUAAACUCAGUCAAGCUCCAGACUGUGUUGUUCGUUAGCCCUAACUGACGUCUCAAACUUGAAGAAUUCAAUUUUCACAGACUUAAAAGAGCGAAUAAUAGUUUCCAUGGGCUGCCAUUCCUCAGGAUUUAUAAGGCGUGUUUAUUAUCUAAUAUUUUCCCAAAUGCUUAUCUAGACUAAUGCGACUAAAUGUUUUAGUGUAAAAAGAUUUAUUUUUGAAUUGACUUUUUCUCAGUUUG